UAUUAAUAGACAAUAUACAAAAUGAUGACCCAUCAUCAGAACAAGAGAAUUGUGAAAAUGAUGUAUACAUUGUUCUUAGUUUUGUGUUUGGUGACUAGCACUACUAGUCACACAUCAGAUGGUAUGCAUAGUACAUUGAAAGAAGAUAUGGAGUUAGAGAAACAACUAAACCUCAUCAACAAGCCUCCUAUCAAGAGUAUUCAUACAAAGUCAGGAUACAUAGUUGAUUGUGUUGAUAUUAACAAACAACCGGCUUUUGAUCAUCCUUUGCUAAAGAAUCAUAAAUUGCAGAGAAAAGCAUAUUUUGGAAAAAACAUCAGUGAAACAAAUGUGAAGACUUCACCAACAAAAUCCCCUUACGCGAUUGAGAAAGUUAGAUGUCCAAAAGAAACUGUCCCUAUUCGGAGGAUAACCAAAGAUGAUCUCAUUAGUGGCAAAUCCUUAUUCAAUGAUCAUGUCCUAACUCAAACUAACUCUCUUAGUCAUUCUACUCAUUUGUUUCUUAUAAGAGUGGCUGGUCCUUACUAUGGAGUUAGUGGAACUACUAGUGUUUAUAAUCCCAACAUUUCACCCGGGCAAACAAGCGCAAGUUAUUUAUAUGUUGAAAACGGAGUGGCAGGUGACACAAAUAAAAUCGUUGUUGGAUGGCAUGUAUCUCCACAAUUAUACAACAAUACAGCAACUCAUAUCUACUCAUAUUGGAUGUCAAAUAACUUCAAGAGUGGAUGCUACAACAUAUUAUGUAGCGGUUUUGUUCAACUCAGCCGUAAAUAUUACCUUGGUGCACGCAUAAUACCAAUAUCUAUUUAUGGUGGAACGAUGACUGAAAUGCCAAUUACUCUUAUUCAGGAAAAAACAACAAAACAUUGGUGGUUGACUGUGGCAGAUGAGCUAGUUGGAUAUUUUCCACAACAAUUAUUCUCCAACUUGGCUUCAGCUGAGCAAGUGGGAUGGGGUGGGUUAACAGUAACUUCUCCUGGUUCUUCUAGUCCUCCAAUGGGAUCAGGACAUUUUCCGGAUCGCGAUUUUGUUCAUGCUUGUUAUUUUAGGAACAUUUCAUUUCGAAAUGAAUCUAGACAAGAUUAUGGACCUGAGGUCAAAUUUACUAGACCAUACAAUGACGCCUCUAGUAAGUGUUACGAUAUUGAUUAUUAUGGUAAUUUACGCGGAGAAUUUGGGUAUGCUCUUCAAUUUGGAGGACCUGGUGGUUACUGUUAAUUAAUUGUAAAUAUCAGAUUUUAAUUAUUAUAAAAAACAUAAUAAAUAAAAGAAUAUUACAACUUU